GGCCCCGGAUUUCCAUGGUGCCGGGGGCCGCCUGCAUCCCCCCGCCCUGAGCCGGGAGGCGGGCGGCACCGGAGCGGCGAGGGCUGAACCAUGUGAGGGACAUUGCCGGGGCUCAGGACACGCGCUGGGGACACGGAGUUUGCCUUUCCCAGGAUGGAUCAGAGGAGGAACUGGCCUCGGGUACUGGACUCUGAUGGCUGCUCAGUGACUCUGCUCUGCCUCUUCCUGGCUUCGCUCUCCCGGAACGUGUCCAGCAAUGCCUUGUUCAACACUUUCCACUCGGAGAACCGGGACUGGACGUUCAACCACCUGGCGGUGCACCGGGGCACCGGGGCGGUCUACGUGGGGGCCAUCAACAGGGUGUACAAGCUUUCGGGGAACCUGACCAUCCUGGUGGCCCACAAAACCGGCCCCGAGGAGGACAACAAAUCCUGCUACCCGCCCCUCAUCGUGCAGCCCUGCAGCGAGGUCCUCACGCUCACCAACAACGUCAACAAGCUGCUCAUCAUCGACUACUCCGAGAACCGGCUGCUGGCCUGCGGCAGCCUCUACCAGGGCGUCUGCAAGCUGCUGCGCCUCGACGACCUCUUCAUCCUGGUGGAGCCCUCGCACAAGAAGGAGCAUUACCUCUCCAGCGUCAACAAAACGGGCACCAUGUACGGGGUGAUCGUGCGCUCCGAGGGCGAGGACGGGAAGCUCUUCAUCGGCACGGCGGUGGACGGCAAGCAGGAUUACUUCCCCACGCUCUCCAGCCGCAAGCUGCCCCGGGACCCGGAGUCGUCGGCGAUGUUGGAUUACGAGCUCCACAGUGACUUUGUUUCGUCCCUCAUCAAAAUCCCCUCGGACACGCUGGCCCUGGUUUCGCACUUCGAUAUCUUUUACAUCUACGGCUUCGCCAGCGGCAACUUUGUCUAUUUUCUGACGGUGCAGCCGGAGACCCCCGAGGGCGUCUCCAUCAACUCCGCCAGCGACCUCUUCUACACCUCCCGCAUCGUCCGCCUGUGCAAGGACGACCCCAAGUUCCACUCGUACGUGUCCCUGCCCUUUGGCUGCGUCAAGGGCGACACGGAGUACCGGCUGCUGCAGGCCGCCUACCUGUCCAAGCCGGGGCAGGUGCUGGCCAGGGCCCUCAACAUCACGGCGCAGGAGGACGUGCUGUUCGCCAUCUUCUCCAAGGGGCAGAAGCAGUACCACCACCCCCCCGACGACUCCGCACUCUGCGCCUUCCCCAUCCGCACCGUCAACGCCCACAUCAAGGAGCGCCUGCAGUCCUGCUACCAGGGCGAGGGCAACCUGGAGCUCAACUGGCUGCUGGGGAAGGACGUGCAGUGCACCAAAGCGCCAGUCCCCAUCGAUGACAACUUCUGCGGGCUGGACAUCAACCAGCCCCUGGGCGGCUCCGUGCCCGUGGAUGGGGUGACGCUCUUCACCUCCAGCCGCGACCGCAUGACCUCCGUGGCUUCCUACGUCUACAACGGCUACAGCGUGGUCUUCGUGGGCACCAAGACGGGCAGGCUGAAGAAGAUCCGGGCGGAUGGGCCGCCCCAGGGCGGGAUCCAGUACGAGGUGGUGCCGGUGUUCAAGGACGGGAGCCCGGUGCUGCGGGACAUGGCCUUCUCCACCGACCACAAGUACCUGUACGUCAUGUCAGAGCGCCAGGUGUCCCGGGUGCCCGUGGAGUCCUGUGAGCAGUACACGACCUGCCAGGAGUGCCUGAGCUCGGGGGACCCCCACUGCGGCUGGUGCUCCCUGCACCACAUGUGCUCCCCGAGGGACCGGUGUGAGCGGGCAGAGGAGCCGUUCCGCUUCGCGGGGAGCAUCGGGCAGUGCCUGAGCGUGGCCGUGCAGCCCAGCAGCAUCUCCGUGUCCGAGCACAGCCUCCCGCUCAGCCUGCGGGUGAGCGAUGCUCCAGACCUGAGUGCCGGCGUCAGCUGCCUCUUCGGGAACCUGAGCGAGGUGGAGGGGCAGGUGUCGGGCAGCCAGGUGGUUUGUGUGUCACCAGCAGCCAAAGAUGUGCCUGCCAUCCCCGUGGAUCAGGACUGGUUCGGUGUCGUGCUCCAGCUGAAGUCCCGGGAGACGGGCAGGACCUUCGUCAGCACCGAGUUCAAGUUCUACAACUGCAGCGCCCACCAGCUGUGCCUGUCCUGUGUGAACAGCGCCUUCCGCUGCCACUGGUGCAAGUACCGGAACCUCUGCACGCACGACCCCACCACCUGCUCCUUCCAGGAGGGAAGGAUCAACGUCUCCGAGGACUGCCCGCAGCUCUUCCCCACGGAGGAGAUCCUGAUCCCGGUGGGAGAGGUGAAGCCCAUCACGCUGAAGGCCAGGAACCUGCCGCAGCCCCAGUCGGGCCAGAGGGGCUACGAGUGUGUGCUCAGCAUCCAGGGCAUCGUGCACAGGGUGCCCGCCCUGCGCUUCAACAGCUCCAGCGUGCAGUGCCAGAACAGCUCGUACCUCUAUGAUGGGAUGGACAUCAGCAACUUGGCAGUGGACUUUGCCGUGGUUUGGAACGGGAACUUCGUCAUUGACAACCCGGAGAAUCUGAAAGUGCACCUGUACAAGUGCGCGGCGCAGCGCGAGAGCUGCGGGCUGUGCCUCAAGGCCGACCCCAAGUUCGAGUGCGGCUGGUGCAGCGGCGAGGCCAAGUGCACCCUGCGGCCCCACUGCGGCUCCCCGGGCGCGCAGCCCUGGCUCGACUGGUCCAGCCACAACGUCAAGUGCUCCAACCCGCGCAUCACCGAGAUCCUGACGGUGUCGGGGCCCCCGGAAGGAGGGACGAGGGUGACCAUCCGAGGCGUGAACCUGGGCCUGGACUUCUCGGAGAUCGCGCAGGGCGUGCAGGUGGCCGGGGUGCAGUGCACGCCCCUGCCCGAGCACUACGUGGUGGCCGAGCAGAUCGUCUGUGAAAUGGGGCAGGCGCUUCCAGGGAUCAGCUCCGGCCCAGUGCUCCUGUGCAUCGGAGAGUGCAAGCCCGAGUUCACGGCCAAGUCAGCGCAGCAGUACAUGUUCGUGACUCCAGCUGUGAGUUUCCUGAGCCCCAGCCGUGGCCCGGAGUCGGGAGGGACCAUGGUGACCAUCUCUGGCCACUACCUGGGGGCCGGCAGCCGCGUGUCCGUGCUCCUGGGGAACCAGACCUGCGAGUUCCACGAGCGAUCCAUGAAUGAGAUCGUUUGUGUGUCAGCGCCCUCAGCCCACGGCCUGGGGGCUGUUCAGGUCUCUGUCAGCGUGGACAGGGCUCAGCUGGAGAGAACUUUGCUGUUUGAGUACAUCGAUGACCCCAAGGUGCAGCACAUCGAGCCCGAGUGGAGCAUCGCCAGCGGACACACGCCCCUGACUGUCACUGGCUCCAACCUGGACGUGAUCCAGGAGCCCCGGGUCCGCGUCAAGUACAACGGGAAGGAGUUUGUCAACGUGUGCCAGGUGGUGAACGGCACGGCCCUGGCCUGCCUGGCGCCGCCGCUGAGCGCCGAGUACCGCCCGGGGCUGGACGCCGUGGAGCGCCCGGACGAGUUUGGCUUCAUCUUCAACAACGUCCAGUCCCUGCUGGUCUACAACGACACCAAGUUCAUCUACUACCCCAACCCCACGUUUGAAAUGCUGAGCUCCAGCGGGGUGCUGGAGCAGAAGCCGGGCUCUCCCAUCAUCCUGAAGGGCAGGAACCUGUGCCCGCCCGCCCCGGGAGGAGCCAAGCUCAACUACACGGUGCUGAUCGGGGAGACGCCCUGCGCCGUCACCGUGUCCGAGACACAGCUGCUGUGCGAGCCCCCCACCCUCACCGGGCAGCACAAAGUGACGGUGCGUGUUGGGGGGGUCGUCUUCUCCCCUGGCUCCGUGAGCAUCGUCUCCGACAGCCUCCUGACCCUGCCCGCCAUCGUCAGCAUCGCGGCCGGCGGCUCCCUGCUCCUCAUCAUCGUCAUCAUCGUCCUCAUCGCCUACAAGCGCAAGUCCCGCGAGAACGACCUCACCCUCAAGAGGCUGCAGAUGCAGAUGGACAACCUGGAGUCCCGGGUGGCCCUGGAGUGCAAGGAGGCUUUUGCCGAGCUGCAGACGGACAUCAACGAGCUGACCAGCGACCUGGACCGCUCCGGGAUCCCCUACCUGGACUACCGCACCUACGCCAUGCGGGUGCUCUUCCCGGGCAUCGAGGACCACCCCGUCCUGCGGGAGCUGGAGGUCCAGGGGAACGGGCAGCAGAGCGUGGAGAAGGCCCUGAAGCUCUUUGCCCAGCUGAUCAACAACAAGGUGUUCCUGCUGACCUUCAUCCGCACGCUGGAGCUGCAGCGCAGCUUCUCCAUGCGCGACCGCGGCAACGUGGCCUCGCUGAUCAUGACGGGGCUGCAGGGCAAGCUGGAGUACGCCACCGACGUCCUCAAGCAGCUGCUCUCCGACCUCAUCGAGAAGAACCUGGAGAACAAGAACCACCCCAAGCUGCUCCUGCGCAGGACCGAGUCCGUGGCCGAGAAGAUGCUGACCAACUGGUUUGCCUUCCUGCUCCACAGGUUCCUCAAGGAAUGUGCUGGAGAGCCCCUGUUCAUGCUCUACUGUGCCAUCAAGCAGCAGAUGGAGAAGGGCCCCAUCGAUGCCAUCACGGGAGAGGCGCGGUACUCCCUGAGCGAGGACAAGCUCAUCCGGCAGCAGAUCGAGUACAAGACCCUGAUCCUGAACUGCGUGAACCCAGACAAUGAGAACAGCCCGGAGAUCCCUGUGAAGGUGCUGAACUGCGACACCAUCACCCAAGUCAAGGAGAAGAUCCUGGACGCCGUGUACAAAAAUGUCCCCUAUUCCCAAAGACCGAGAGCUGUUGACAUGGAUUUGGAGUGGCGGCAGGGCCGGAUCGCCCGCGUGGUGCUGCAGGAUGAAGACAUCACCACCAAGAUCGAGGGGGACUGGAAGCGCCUCAACACCCUGGUGCACUAUCAGGUGUCAGACCGCUCCGUGGUGGCUCUGGUUCCCAAGCAAACCUCCUCCUACAACAUUCCUGCCUCUGCCAGCAUCUCCCGGACCUCAAUCAGCAGAUAUGACUCCACGUUCCGCUACACGGGCAGCCCCGACAGCCUCCGCUCGCGCGCGCCCAUGAUCACCCCCGACCUGGAGAGCGGCGUCAAGGUCUGGCACCUGGUCAAGAACCACGACCACGGCGACCAGAAGGAAGGGGACAGGGGCAGCAAGAUGGUGUCUGAGAUCUACCUGACCAGGCUCCUGGCUACCAAGGGCACGCUGCAGAAGUUCGUGGACGACCUGUUUGAGACGCUGUUCAGCACGGUGCACCGCGGCAGCGCCCUGCCCCUCGCCAUCAAGUACAUGUUCGACUUCCUGGACGAGCAGGCGGACAAGCACGGCAUCCACGACACCGACGUCCGGCACACCUGGAAGAGCAACUGCCUUCCCCUCCGCUUCUGGGUGAACGUGAUCAAAAACCCGCAGUUCGUGUUCGACAUCCACAAGGGCAGCAUCACGGACGCCUGCCUCUCCGUGGUGGCUCAGACCUUCAUGGAUUCCUGCUCCACCUCGGAGCACCGCCUGGGCAAGGACUCCCCCUCCAACAAGCUGCUGUACGCCAAGGACAUCCCCAGCUACAAGAGCUGGGUGGAGAGGUAUUACGCGGACAUCGCCAAGCUCCCGGCCAUCAGCGACCAGGACAUGAACGCCUACCUCGCCGAGCAGUCGCGCCUGCACGCCGUGGAGUUCAACAUGCUGAGCGCGCUCAACGAGAUCUACUCCUACGUCAGCAAGUACAGCGAGGAGCUCAUCGGGGCUCUGGAGCAGGAUGAGCAGGCUCGGAGGCAGCGCUUGGCUUACAAAGUAGAGCAACUCAUUGGGGCCAUGUCCUUCGAGAGCUGAAGAAAGGUCACGGACGGCAAAGGGCAGAGGAUCGCACGGACUCUCGGGAAUUUGGAGGGAGAACAAGCAAGGAAGGCACCGGACACACCCCCAAGGCUCCUCUGGAGAGAGCAGAGCCUGGCUCAAGGACUGGCUGUGCUCAAAAAUCAUACAGGAUCCAGUUUGAAAGGGCAGGAAGGGAGGAAGGUGAAACAUCUCAAUCAAAGUCCAAGCAAGGUGGAUCAUUUUUUCGAGUGUACACGGAAGGAAGGAACCUGGAAAGUCUGGAUGUCUCCACGACUGCUGCUUUGCAUGAAAAUUAUUUAGUGUAUAUUAGAAAAUAAAACUCUAUUUAAAAGGGUUUUUUUGUAAAAAAAAAAAAAAAAACAAAAAACAAAAAACAAAGGAAGAAAAAGGAAAAAAAAAUAAAUAGAGCAAAAAACACAGAGGCCAUAGAGAUAAUCCUGGCAAGAAGGAUCAGCUCUGAAUCCUGUCCCUGAGAGCCUUCCGAGGACACGGCUCAGGCAAUCUGCGAACGGACUCUCACGCCCAUUGGAACGUCUGGAAAACCAAAAUGGCUUCGUUUUGGAUUCUUACAAGUACGAGCACAAGUUUGCACCACACCUUUUUACAUGAGCAAAAUAGCAGUUUUGCCCAAAAAUAGUCCAGUGGCUGAGUGACUUAGAGGCACUAGAAGGAACUUUACCUGAACUGCAAACCCAUCAGAUCAUCCAACCUGUCCUGAAACCCAGCUUCAUCCAUGUAUUUAUAUAGUGUCAAUACAUAUAUUUUUUUUUUUAAAUCCCAUUUACUGUCGAAUGAGGGAAGAUCUGAAUUUCAUUGGUUUUCCCUUUUCCGCCUCCACCCCACCUCACUGGCUGAUCCAGCAGUGUCCAGCAGUGUCCAGCAUGGCCGUGGUGAUCCAGCAGUGUCCAGCAGUGUCCAGCUGUGUCCAGCCUGGCCGUGGUGAUCCAGCUGUGUCCAGCAGUGUCCAGCAGUGUCCAGCAGUGUCCAGCAGUGUCCAGCAGUGUCCGGCCUGGCCGUGGUGAUCCAGCAGUGUCCAGCAGUGUCCGGCCUGGCCGUGGUGAUCCAGCAGUGUCCAGCAGUGUCCAGCCUGGCCGUGGUGAUCCAGCAGUGUCCAGCAGUGUCCGGCCUGGCCAUGGUGAUCCAGCAGUGUCCAGCAGUGUCCAGCAGUGUCCAGCAGUGUCCAGCAGUGUCCGGCCUGGCCGUGGUGAUCCAGCAAUGAUCCAUUCAAUGUCCACUGCUGGUUCCUGCCGGUGCCAGGUGAGCCAAGGCAGAGCUGGGCUGACACCUCCAGCGUGGGUUUUGGGGGUCUCCAGCAGCCACCUCCGACUUCUCGCAGCAAAGCCCCCCAAACCCCGAUGUUUAUGGUGACAAUACUUGAAGAGCCUGGACGUUGGGAGAGCAGAUCUUUGUUUUGCUGCUGGACGUGCGGAGUCCUUGGGCACAGGCUCCCUUUGGGUGUCUCCACCAGCGUUUGCCGCCUCACCCAGUGCCAGGACUUGCAUUUCCACUGGGAAGGGGAGAGAAAUCUCUGCUCCAGGCAAGAGCAAACCUUAACCAGCACCCCGGGCCAGCCAGCUCUGCUGUCGUGUCUCUGUGUCGGCGUCUCGUUGUUCUCUUCAGUUCCUUGCUGGCCCCCAUGGCACACGUUCCUGUGGCCAGUGACAGGCAAAUGUUUGUGAGUGUUAUUUCUUUCAAAGACACCAAAGCUUAUGUGUGUCCCUUUGUAGAGUGCCAGGAGGGGAAGGAAUGCUGUAAAUAUUUCUCUCUGUAGUAAAUAUUGAUACGUGUGCAGGCUGCAGUGGGGAGGGCAGGGAGAGGAGGCCUAAUGGAAAUACAAGAGUUGGCUGCAGGAGCUUGGCAAUGGCAGCAAAAUAAUUCCUGGUGUCUGCCCAGGCAGUGUCACACCAGACUGGGACCUUCGUUUGCAGCCAGUGUGUGUUGAAGGAAAAUCCAUUUCCAUCUCCAUCCCCCUCCUCCACCAUUCCUGCCUGGAGGAGCCCAGCAGGGCUCCCAGAGAGCUGCUGGCUUUCCGUGUCCUGCAGUCCAGCACCAGGGGAGGGGAGAAGCACGUAGAGAAAUACUCAGGAAACUUGGUUUAAUUACCAUUCAGUAAAAGCCAUGCCAAGUCCACUUUCUUUUGGUAAUCCACUUCUGUGAGUCUCUCUGAAAAGCAGAAAAUACUGAUGAUAAUAAUCGACCUUGUGCAAUAAGUUCUUGACAUUUACAGCAGCCUGAGCACCGGAUUUACUGAGACAGGGGGAGAGUGGCAGAGGAAGAGACUGAAAGGCAGAGCAGUGUUUGUACUGCCUGUUACCCGAGAGUUCCCUUCCCAGGGAUCCCGCUCCUGCACGGUGAAUCUCAUUUCUGAGGCAAAAAAUGUGCAAAAGUCCUACUAAAAGUCAGGCACUGCGGAGCCCAGCGCCAGGAGUGCCACUGGAGCAGUCCCCAGCCUGGCCUGCCCUUUGCUGCAGGUACCACAGGACAUGGCAGAGGGUCAGGCUCUGAAAUCCUGCAGGUUUUUUGCUGGUUCUGUUCCUGCUGUUCACAGUGAUCCAUCACACAGCCUAGGUGAGGGAUUGCCAGACCUGUUCUAGCUCUGGUUGUUGGUUUGGGUUCACCAAGUUCUCAUGGUACUCUGAAAACCCAAAGAGAGCACACCAAAAAGCUCCUGAACGAUUUCCAAACACUUCCAAAUAUCAGUCUGGGGAGUUACCUCUGCAGGACUCACAAAAUACAGCCCAAAGCAAAGGCCUGGCUGUGCAUCACCUGGGCCUGGUGACAGUGUCCCUGCCCGCCAGCCCUCACGGUGCUCCUCUCUGCAUCUCUUUGAGAGGCUUUUGUGUAGCUUUUAAUCCUGCUUUCCUCCUCCUGCUCUCUCCCCUCUGGCCAGGAGCACCCCCCAAGCCAAGGCUUCGUCAUUCCCCACUCCCCUGUAUUUUCUCAGCAGAAGUGGAGAUCCCCACACCCCCCCCUGGAUUCUCUGGGAGAACAUCAAGGAGACAAGGGGACAGCUGAGUUCAUCUUCUGUGCUGUGGGACGAUUGGAGCAGAGAGAAAAAAGGGGAAGCAGCAGGAGCACUUUGCAAACCAGCAAGCUCUUACACUUCUGACUGAAUUCCGAAGGAAACGGCAAAAACACCUCUUCCAUCGUCUGGAAAAGCUUCAGGAGGAUGGCAGAGGGAGCAGCACAGUCCUGGCUGGAGGGGUGGCCUAGAAAUACAUUGCCAAGUCUCUUCUCAUGGUGGUUGACAUUAAUUAUGGAUCUUUACAGGCAAUUACAUGGAUUGAAGCGACAUAUCCCCCUGGGGCAGAGCGCUGGGAAUCUCUUGCCCUGUUUGCAUCCAACAUUUCCAUUCCUCCUUCGGGAAGAGGAAGCUUCAAAUCUCAAAAUGGCAUUUUCUUCACUCCCGCAGCAAACUGGACUCGAGCUUUGGUCAGGAGGGGGCACUUGCCUUAGAUGAAAAGAUUUCACGUCCCUCUCAUUGCCCCCUUCCUCCUGCAAGGCCGCUCGGAGUUUGGAGUCUCCAGCUCGCUCCGUUUCAGGUAUUCCGACAUCAAAGCGGGAGACGUCACUUUCCGGGAUCUCUCCGCCUGGUGUCACCGCUUGAAUAAUUCCGUUUAAUCUUCUGCUCACGAGCUAUCAAAGCACCCACUCCGAGGGGGAGCGAGGUGCUAAUCAAACGCUUCUCCACCUUGGAAGCCUUUAUUAAAACCCCACAGAGGAGAGUGGAGCUCGCAGGCAAGGCUGGCCCCGCGUGAGCCCCGCUCAGGAGCCGCAGCCGCCAAAGCUCGGAGGGUGUGGACAGCGAGCGGUCCACGCUUUGCCAUAAAGGAUGGAUUUAAAGGGAGGCAGGAGGGAUCAGCACGGCCAAAGCGCUGGAAGCCCUGUGAAAUCCAGCAUGGAUAUCCCUGGAAAGCCUGGAUAUCCUGCCUGCAGCAGUGAGGACCCACCGUGGGGGCCAGCGCUGAGAAACAAAACUGCUGCCACGGCCUCGCUGCAUCCAUCCCAGCAGCAUUCCAGGGGUGGAAUUUCAGGUUUUUCCCUGAGGGAUGGCCGUGGGGACAGCGGUGCCUCCCCACAGGGCUGGGCUGUGACACGCUGGGGACGGUGAGCACAGCAGAGACCUUCAUCACAGCAGUGCCUUCCACACUCUGUCUUAAAAUCCUGGUGGCCCAUCCCCACGUCGGUGUUCCCUCCUUCCUUCCACUGGACUCCACAAAAAUGUCCCAGCGUAGGAAACAGUUUGGGUGGGCACGUGGAGGGCAAAGGCGAGAGGGUUUAAGGCUCUGGGGUUGCAUUCUGCACGCUGCUGGCUCCGAGCUCCUUGAGGGGGUCUUGGUGUUUAAGUCUGUGUGGAAAAAGGGUCAGAGCAUCCCCUCCUCCAGCGGGCACAGCCUCCAAACAAGGCCUCGUUCCCAGAAGUCCCCAGGAGCCAGCAGGGAUGAGGAAGGCCAGGUUGGCACAGGGCAGAGCAGCUCCCAGCACGGUCCCUGUGCUGCUCCAGAGCCUCGAGCCCCUUCCCUGGCAGCAGCCCAGCCACGUUCUCCUGUCACUGGCUGUUCUCCAUCCAGUUUCCUGUGCUGCCAGAGCUCACCUGUCACAGGGACUCAGCUCCCCAAACUAAAUGAAACUAAAAGAGACUGACUUGAAUAAGCUGGGCCAUCAGGGAGAGCUCACGUGUGACUGUGCCCUGGAGAGAAGAAAAAAUGUUCUGAGGAGGGUAAAUAACUGACAUCAAAGAUGAAUUAAAAUGCCACAGAGCUUCAGCCAUCCUAUUCCAGAUCCACAUUUGUACCAGGAAUUGCAAGGCAACAGUGCAGGGAGCUGUGACAUUGUACAGAGUUGUGUGUGAGGAAGAGCUCGGAGCACAGAACCGUCCUUGGUGAAAACACCCAGCCUGGACCCAAAACCAGAGACCAGCGGGUCAGAGGCUGAGGGCAAAGCACUGGGGACAGCUCUGAAGCCACCUGCAUGGGCAGGAUGGUUUGGUUUUACUGAUGAGACAUUCAGUGGGGAAACCAUCAGAGUAAGAGAUGCCCGUGUGCUGCUGGGGAGCAACCCGAAAUGUGCAGUUUCAGUGCAGUUUGGUCGGGUUAGUUUUGCAGGGGAAGGGGAUGGGAGCCUUUGGACCAGUUUUGGCUGUCUGGGAGGCUUUGUGCAAAGCCCCUUCACCCUGAAAACCCCCAGGUUCGGGUGCUGGUCCUGUUCUGGGCAGGCAAUGGAGCAGCGGCCGGAACCCGGUGCCCGGUGCCUUCUGGAAGAAAACUGGGGGUCUGUGGUGUGUGCCCUGCACCCCAGGGUGCUCUGUGGGGUGCUGGCACCGUGCUGGGGUCACUGACGGGGAGGUGGAAGGGUGGGGCAGUGCAGGCUGGAAAAGCCACCCCACCCCUCCAGGGUGUCUGUGCCCACCUUGCUGCGGUGGCAGCCAGCGGUGUUGUGGCCGUGCUGUGAGCAUGGCAGUGUCUCUGUGCUUGUUCUUUCAGAUCCCCCUUUGUCCCUGUGUUCCCCAUCCCUCUCCUUCCUUUGUAACCGUGGAAUAUAAUCCUGAAAAGAUUGACCUUCCUGCAGCGUUGAGGAACACGCUCCAGGGGCCCGCAGGGUCCAUCCAGUUGCACGGACAAUAUCCCAAAUACCCCAAACUCCCCGGGGCUGCCAGAUCAAACACGAGAUCUCCUGUAUGGCCUUUCCUUUGGGAUUUGCAAUACCUCUCUUUCGAAUAAGCUUGGAAGUUUAGGCAACAGCUUCUCCAGCCGGCGUUUCCAUCCCGAGGACUGGGCACACAAAGGUGCACAGAGGAGCCGUGGGCAGGGAAAAAAGCUGAUUUUGCCACGUUAUUUCAUGGCUUCAGAAGAUGCAGUAAAAAUGUCCUUCUCUUACUGCUGAGUUUUGGUGUUGUUGGUACCUUGGGGGCCGUUAGGAGAAGCAGCAAGGGGAAGGGAAUGUACAGGUACUAAAACUUCUGGAGUCCCCCCGAAAACGUCACAGAAUGUAGAGGUAUCAGCCAUGGAACAGAUUCUGAUUUCUUCUUCCCCUUCUCCUUACAACCCCCAGCCGUUUUUAGGGGAUUUGUGUAUUGGCAGGAACAAGGAAUUGAUUUGUAUCUGUGCCCAUUCCACCGUAUCGUUCUCUGGCUCCUCCCCUCCCCGUUAUACUUGACACACUGGAGUUCUGUAUUAUAUUUUUUUUUAAGAUGAUUGUCUGUUUUUUGUUGUUUUUACAAGUGUUGUGGAAAAAAAAAAUGUAAGAAAGUUUAAGUAUUUAAAAAUGUUCCAAGGAAAUAAAAGGGGGUUUUGUUAUUAUUCUAAUAUAUUAUUGUGUACCUAUUGUAAAUAUGAAACACUCCUAUUUUGCAAGCCAAGGACUCACUUUGUACUGUUGUUAUAUAUAAAUAAAGUUUACUGGUUAAAAAAGC